GCCUUUAUGAAUAUUCGAAUAAAAUUUGUUUAUGCAGGGUUGAACAUUUAACAGAUGCUGGCUAUGUACCGAUAGUCGAUCUUGUAUGAAUGAGACGGAUAUGAAAUACAUCUAUUGCACUCUUCUCACUCAUGGGCGAAGGUGACUACCGGUACAUGGUCUGGAUUAUUCCACACUUCCGAAAAUUUCAUUGUCAGUUCAUGCGUUCAGCGAAUGCUGCAACCAUUUCGUAAUAGUGCACUAAGCACGUGGCGACAAAACCAGAAACGAUUCUCACAGGAUUUACAGUUUAUUUUCAAACUCAGUAACCAAACAUGGAUAUAUUUUCGAAAUAAAUUGUAGUACAAUUCAAAUCUCGUGGUGGAUAUUGUCAUGAUAAAAGCGACAAAACUUUUCUGUCGAGCACAAAGGAAUUGGAAUUAUAUUCAGAAAAAAAUACGUACUGGCAAUAGCGAAUUAUUGAAAUUAAACAUUAUUUCUUCCUGCAAUCGUUCGCUCGAAACAUUGUCUGAAUCUUCUGGGAACAAUAACCAAAAAAUGGAUUUCCUGAAAUUGAACGACUAUGAUUGUGUUGGUUUCGACCUCGACCAUUGUUUGGCGUCUUACGACAUCACCAAUUUGGUGAGAUUCGAGUUCGAGCUGCUGUCAAAGUUUAUGGUCGAGCAACGAGGAUGGGACAACAGUCUGAACGACCCUCUACUUGAUGCUGACAUUGAUUUUAUGCAAAAAGGACUUGUGCUUGAUUUUGAUGGUGGCAAUAUUCUCAAGUUGAGAUCGGAUGGUUCAAUAUUUCGUGCAAGCCAUGGCACAAAAUUAAUGACUCAAGAAGAAUUAGAAAAGAAGUAUCCACAUGGGAGGUGGAAAGAGGCAAGUGCUCUCGCAGAAGAUUCCUUGAAAGUUUGGAACGGUCCGGCAUCGCUCAAAGUACGCAGUCUUUUGGACUAUUUCGAUAUGCCAGUUUCUCUUGUCUUUGCUCGUGCCGUUGACGCCUGCGACAGGAAAGGAAAGAUUGAAGGAAAUUACAAUAUCUGGCCCGACAUACUAGAUGGCUUGACAUACAUGUUUGAUAUGAAUAGAAUUGAAACCAACAAAGGUGGAUACUUUUCAGAGUUGAAGAACCAUCCCGAGAAGUACAUAAACCGAAACAAUCCUCGGAUGAUAGAUUGGAUUCGAGAAUUGAAGAGACAAAAAUUUACUUUUCUCAUCACCGGUGCCUAUGCUCAUUGUGCAGAUUUGGUAGCUACCGCUGCUUUGGGUAAUAAUUGGAGAGAGCUCUUUGAUAUUGUUGUUUGUUAUGCAAAGAAACCAGGAUUCUUCACAGAUCAAAGACCUUUUUUGAAACUGUCUGGAACCCAAGAAGUCGAAGCUGUAGAACCUGGAUUGUUGAUGAGAGGAGAAGUGUAUUCUCGGGGCAAUUGGAGAGAAUUGGAAGAAUUUUUUUGUCAAGAAACCAAAAAACAUUCACCCAAAUGUCUCUACUUUGGUGAUAACGUCAUUCAGGAUAUUUAUAGUCCAUGUACUGCUACCAAGUGUGAUACCAUUGCAAUCAGUGAGGAACUAAUGGCCGAGGGAAUGGUUAACAAAGACUUUAUUUAUCCUCACAAAAAAAUAUUGACUUCCCAAAUAUGGGGCUCUUAUUUUUCUGAAGAAACAACGGGUGUUGUUAAUCCCACACUCUGGUGCCAUAUUAUAAAAAAAUCCUCACGACUUUGUGUACCUUCGAUGGACUUUGUCGUGGUGGACGAUUUUGAUCGAGAGUACAAAUGUUCCGCUGGGAACGCAGGGGCAGCUUUUGGUUUUUAUCCGGCUGAACCGCUGAGCAUGAAAAUGUCAUCGGAUAAAAAAAUAGACCCGGAGUAUAAAAACGAUUCCUAUAAUUCCGGCAAUCACGAACCAACUGAGGAAUUUAUCGAAAAACCCCAACAAGACCAACAAAAUGACAUUUAAAUCGAAACGAACUCAGCAAAACCAAAUGGAAGGUAGAGCAGCAGUCGAUCGAAUACUCAAAGGAAGAUCGAGCAAGCCAGAAUCGGAGAUAACAGAGGGAAAUAGAUAAAUUGUCAGUAAGCACGACGAUAGCGACUUAGAAAGUAAGAUUUUCGAUAUCAAAUGACUUUAUUUUUAUAUAAACAUUCGAGUUUUUACUCGUAUAUAAUAAAAAUACGCAUAUAUAUUUAUAUAAAAAUAGUACUGACACCGCAUCCCAAAAAAUACUGUGUUUGUAAUACAACAAUUCACCUUACGAUUCAUAAAUAAAUCAACAAGACAAUACUUUGAAA